AUGUCGACUACCGCCACCUUACAUCCUGAUGAAGAAGUACGCAAUGGGCUUCGCAAUAAGGUCCCAAGUUGGAUCCACGUUUGUCAGACAUGGCCCUCUGGACCCCUAGAGAAAGACCGCCUAACAUUAGGCGGGAUACAUACACACUGCUUGCUUCUGCUGGCCCGUCAGGUGAAUCGAGUUGGAGCAGAUCUGGUUUGGAUCUCAGCCGGUUGGCUUACACGGAUGGCCAUGCAAAUGGAGCUGCAUCAAGAUCCUGACUUGCUAGGAGUGAUGGGCAUUCUGCAGAAGGAGAUGCGAAGGUGGUUGCGGUAUACUGUUCUCCAAAUAAAUCCGCCAUCCAGUCUGAACGAUGACGAGCUUAGUGAUUCUAUGCUGGGGGAUCCUCCGAAGAAGGCAGAUGUUAUACCCACUCAGACGUCAAUCCAACACCUGCUGGCAUCAUCCAUUCGUCUACGAUUGCAGGUUGCAGCGCUCACUAACAGCAUGCAUGGAGAAUUUUCUUACGACCAAGUCAUCCGCUUGGGAAGUGAACUGGCCCUAGCCUGCCGUAACGCCGAGAUGACGUUUGAUCAAUAUACAUCAGCCACCAACGACAGCGAAACAUACCCACCAAGCCAAUUCGCAUAUAUCUGUGCUGAGCACUGUCUCCACCGUUCCGCCCUCUGCCUUCACUACCCCUACGCAAUCCAAGCAAACCGAAACCCCCUCUAUAGCUAUUCCCAAAAAGCUUGCCUCGAAGCCGCCCUCGACAUCAUUACCCUUCUCGACGACAAUAUCUAUCGCCACUUACUCAGCGGAGGCGGCAUGUUCCGCGAUAUCAUCACUCGUGCUGCUCUGUUUCUCUUCCUGGAUAUCGUGUGGCAGCUCGAUACGGGCGGGUCAAUGUUUACCAGGAAACGGAACGGGGCUCGUAGAGAGCUGCUACUACUAGUUGCGCGGAAGGUGGUCCAGUAUGCGCAUGAGAGGUUUUGCUAUAGUGAGACGAGUGUGAAGGGCUAUGUCUUUAUCAGCAUGGCUAUGGCGCAGGUGGAUGCUAUGCUUGAUAGCUCGUCGGUUCGGAAUGCUGCGAUAGACGCUGCUAGUAGGAGUGUGGCGGACCUCUAG